GACUCAAACCAACUUCAAGCUUUUCUUCUUGAUGGACUUUGACUCCUCUGCCUCUGUUUAAACCCGCUCCUCAAAUACAUAAUGUUGAUUUCAUUGCGGCAUCAAAUACAGGGAGCAGUCCGUCACCUUUGGGCUGAGAUGUUGUGUUGUCGGAGUGAAUUUGAGGUAAAAGGGGAAUGCAGUUAUCAAAACCAGGUUGUCUCUUACACAACCCAGCGUGUGUGAAAUGUUUAUCCAUGCUGUUCUAUCCACUAUGGACCUUGACACUGCAGACGCCCAGAGAACAAUCGUCACACUCUGACACAACUUGAAUGAGAACGGAUCUUCGCGUUCAGUUAUUCUUCGAUGAAGAACUAGCCAUGGUGUCGACUGACAAUCUGACGACAUAUUUAUUAGAGGUAAUCCAGUGCCACCUGGCUGUAACCUGUGCUUUACUGAUGAUCAUUCUCGUGGUCAUCCGCUGGUUCAUCAGAGAUUCCCACAAAGUGGAUGGCUUCAACCAGAAGCACGUGUUCAUCACCGGCUGUGACAGCGGCUUCGGGAAUCUGCUGGCCAGGCAGCUGGAUGGAAAAGGCCUCCGCGUCGUGGCUGCGUGUCUCACAGAGAAAGGCGCAGCAGAUUUGGCAGCGUUGGCCUCCCCCAGACUGAAGACCCUCCUGCUGAAUGUUACAGACAGCGCGAGCAUCGGGAGGGCGGUGGAGUUUGUGAGCAAAGAGGUCGGAGAGCGAGGUCUCUGGGGUCUGGUGAACAACGCUGGCAGGUCCGUACCCAUCGGUCCAACCGAAUGGAUGAAGUUGGAGGAUUUCACAAAGGUUCUGGAUGUAAAUUUGAUUGGAGUUAUUGAGGUGACGCUCCAGUUUCUACCUCUGCUGAAAAAGGCCCAGGGCAGGGUGGUAAAUGUGGCCAGUGUUCUGGGCAGACUGUCUCUCACUGGUGGAGGAUACUGCCUGUCCAAAUGGGGAGUGGAAGCCUUCUCCGACAGCCUCAGGAGGGACAUGCAUCACUUCGGCAUCAAAGCGAGCAUUAUCGAGCCUGGCUUCUUCAAAACCGGUGUUACCAGACUGGAUCUUAUUGAAGCUGACCUGAGGAGGCUGUGGACCCGCCUCCCUCAAGAGGUCAAAGACUCCUAUGGAAAGACAUACUUUGAUGACUAUGUGAAAGCUCAGGGCUUCUCCAUGGGCAUCUUCUGCAGUGCAGAUCUCUCCAAGGUGACCAGGUGUAUGGAGCACGCGCUGACAGCUCGCUUCCCACGCACACGUUAUGGUGCAGGCUGGGAUGCCAAGUUCUUUUGGAUUCCUCUGUCGUACCUCCCUUCAUUUGUGUCAGACUUUGUUACCAACAUGUUUCUUCCUUUGCCGAAGGACCAAAGGAAUGUCUAACAGGCAGCUAAACUUAACAGUAUGACAGAUAGAUUUCUGAAAGUGAUGAAAUAAAAUAUAUUGUGACAAGAUUUUCAAAAGAAAAAAGAUUCAAGACAAGUGUUACAAAAUAGGAAAUUUAUUAAUGUCAUGUCUCAGCAGCAGCAAUUUGAACCAUAUGGGCAAGUUGUGAAUGAUCACACACAGUUUUUAUUGGGCUCAUUAUGAUACAAAUAAAUCAUUCUGUAAAGUUAUAAAAUGACCGUCUACCCCUGCAUCCACAGGUCUCGUGUUGCUCCAAACUAUUUUGGCCAUUGUUCCAAUAACAUUACUAAAAAAAUGAUCAUUUUGAUUCAAAUUCAUCAGAAGUCAGGGAACAUAAUGAGUCUGAUUAAGUACAAUAAGUAUGCCUCACACACAUUGUUUUUACUGGAGCACAUAUCUUUGAAAAAUGUAAUGGCAUAACUUAAAAUCCAAUUAUUUUUGUCUUGCUUUUUGCAGCCCUGAAAUGAGGUAUAUAAACAUGAAAGAUGAAAUAAAUACAUCUUCAGUUUUGUUCAGUGGCAAAACAAAUAUCACUGCUAGUUCUCUGACAACCUUCAAUCAUAUAAGUACUGUACAUUCAGAAUGCAGCUCACUUUUGAUCUGUGUUAUUGUGUUUAUGUUGAACUAUAGGAUCUAUUUCAAAGAUAUUUUCUGACAAAAUUUUACUGUUCAAAUUUACAAAUAUACAAUUUAUUUAUCAACAUUUCUAUCAGCAGCUUCAGUGCAAAGAUAUACAUAUUGUACAUCAGAAUAAAGAAAACAUUUACACAAGAAUUGGCAUAAGAAAUGUCAGAAGGCAUAGUCACAUGAGACUUUUAUCUUCAUUCUAUAGAAAUGUAUUUCUCUUUCCUAAAACAAUUUGCGUUUUUUGUACACAGGCUGCAUAAAAAAAUAAAUUCUGUGCAAAGUG